AUGAGGCAGGAGGUCAAGCCAAGGCUGAUGAUACUCAUAUUUUUUGUACUAUCUUCUUUAGCCCCCUCAUUUACCUUUGGGUUCCUUAAUACCAACGAGAAAAUUUUCGCUGCUCGUGAACCUAAGUUGGCAGAAGCCUCCUCUUCCGCCUCAAAUGUGAAGCAUCGGAUCAAGUAUCCAAAUGAUGAUGGUGUAGAGCUAAACGAUCUUUCAUAUCAUACAAAGGGCUUGCCACUUUCUUAUCGGUUCUUUUGGGGCGUCCAUAGAGAAGAACAAAGGGCGCAGACCGUUAGUUUGGCAGCCGAUAGUUUCUUGCCCAGGAAUGAGAAAUCAUUGAUGGAAGAAGGCUCAAGUACAGUGAUACUCAAGAGAUGGCAGGGUUUUUUAUUCAAAUACCCAAAUCUCCAGACAGUAGAAUCAAGAUUCAACAACGAGGUUUUGCAUCAUCUUCGAGGAUUAAUUGGGGGGGAUCAAUUAUGUUCGAUGAACUACUUGAUUGAUCAUACGCAUAAUCUCAUUGCAGCAAACGAAGAGACCCGCACAGAUGGUACAAAAUAUUUGAUCAAAGUUUUUGAGGCAUUCAUCGCGAGUGAAAAUAAUCCAACUCACUUUGCCCGACUCAAGGUUGCUUUUUCUAAUCUUUUAAGAGAAUCAGAACCAGAUGACUAUUACCAACCCCAAUGUAUGUGGGAGAUACACAAGAUGGUGGCAUCUAUUGAGAGCAAGUUUCUAUCACAUCCAGACACCGCCUCGAGUGUGUGGAAUCCAGAUUUGCCUCCGAAAAGCUUUAUUAUACGAGUUCUCAAAGCCAUUUUUCCAUUUGCUUUAGAUCUUUAUGACCCGGUUCUGGCUUUGGAAACAGAUCAAAUUUGCUUACGAUCAUUGGAUCUCAAACUCGAAUUCUUCCGAAUAUACAAAAUUUCAUCCGAAUCAGCAACACUCGAAAGUGUUCUUGAGAUCGCUUUCAUAGAGGCGCCGAGAGCUCACUAUAUAUUGACCUCUGGUGGAAAACACAUGACGGCUCGUGAGUUAAGAAGCGCAAGUGAUGUUGCGUUGAAAGAAACAGUGUCAGGGAUCGAGAAAGCUCUUCAAAAGAAAGAAGGUAGGAUGAAGGAUCUGACUUCAGCAGAUGAGAUGACACUUCUCAAGGCACUUUAUGCUAUGAGUAAGGAGUUGAAAGAUCGUGUGAAAAUCGGGUUCAUAACUUCCGAAUCCACUACGAGUGGAGGUAGCAGAACGCAUAUAAAUCUUCCAAACUUAUGUCCAGAAGGGACAGAAAUGGCCAGAUCAUUUUCAGAGCUCAUAGACGUAGCUCAAGGGCCAGUCAAUGCAAUAGGAACUCAUUCUUGGAGGACCAGGAUGAAGAUUGCUCUCAGAGCAUUUACACCGGAGCGUCUCCUUCAACUGCAUCACAAGGAACCAGUAUUUCGACAAAUGUCUGUGUGGAAAAACCUUCCAUCUCUCCCAGAAAUCAAGAAUCUUCUCAAACAAAUUGCUGACCCCAAGCUACUUAAGCCGGAUGGAUCAAUCAAUCAAUCUCGUAAUCAUAUAGAGAUUUUGCACAAUUUCCUCGUUUAUCUUGCAAUAAUCGGAUUUGAAAAUGACAGUUCCUCUAUACUUCUUGAAGUGGUCAAGAGUGCAAAAAUAUUAGCUAGAAACAAUGGUAUCUUCGGGGAUCUUGAUAUCGCUUUGACUGCAAGGUUCACAGCUCGUUAUCCAACAUUGGCACAGUAUCUAGAGAUCAAUAAGCCUAUCCAUAGAUCUUUACCAAAGUUUCAUCUUCACUUUCCCCCAAUUUUGCAGAAUGUCAAAGAUCAUCCAUAG